UUACCAAAUGGACUCCAUCAGACAGGAACAUGUGGCAGUAAAACCUGUUUGUUACCACGGUAGGACAUCAGGAUUUUCACCAAUUACGUCACUAAGUUUGUACCAUCAGUUACACCCACAAACACUUAUGAGUCAGGUUCUUCUGUGGUGUAAAGGACUAAAGCUGUCGUACUGGUAGAGGCACCGUAGUGUUCACCUUGAUGCUGAGACACUCUCUCUGCAAAAGUAAAACAGACUUGUUCACGUGGCUGCUGAGGUGAGUGCCAGCGCCGUCUUUUUGUGGAAACAAAACAAUAUGUUCACCCCAUCUUUGACCCUUAUCGACAGCUUUUGGUCUGUUUUGGCUGCAGGAGCUGCAGGAACAGACGCAAACACACAAACACACACCGACAAACGCCAACUGCCAUAAGUGUCUGAGUAAAUGUGGGGUGUUGUGUGAGUAAUAAAAGCCUUCCUCUGCGCUGGAGUCGAACCCCUGUGUUUAACUGGCUGUGUGCACGCAUCACCACUUAGACACACAGUCAAAAUGGACCGGCUUGGAUUUGGGAUUUGGCAGCCGCACUCAGCCAGGGUUUUUUUUUUCUGCCAAAGGCUUCAGACUGGUGCCACGUGUUUGGUUCAGGUGAACUUGUUCAGUUGAUUUGUUCACCUCACGUUACGUGUCUGGGCUCCACGUAUCGAUAUCAGACGCUGCCGGCCUCUGAUGUGCAGUUGGGUUACCUGACAACAGGGUCAGCGAGGUUGAAUGUCACCGUCUUCUUUUUGGGUCACGCAAACAUUUACUGAACGUGAUUGUGUUUUUGUGAUGUUUAUCUAUCAGUUUACUGUAAUCAUUAUGUCGGUAGAGUUUCAUGUACAGUUGUGUUUGUUGAAAAUAUCACACCUUUACUCUGUAAAUGUGUGCUUUGGGACUUCAUUGUUUAUAGUGCUGGUGUCUGAUGAAGGACGGGGUAAAUCCUGUUAUUUUUCACACAUCCUCUAAUCUUCUCUAAGUGCUGUCAUUUAUCUUUAAUUAACAGGUAAUUUCAGUGCAGACCUUCAUCGCCUCCUCUUAUUUUCCCUUUGCCUUCUGUCUCCGUUCUUGUCAUCACGUUGUCUCUGUUCAAACACCUCUACGCAGCAGACGACUGUUGUGUAAAUCACUGACCUUUUUAUGCCUAGACUAUUGUCAGGUGAUAAAAUGGUGAUUCAGAGAUUCUGAUGUUUCCCAUUUUCAGAUUGUUGAAAAGAACUAGGGCUUAUUGCGGUAAUGAUUCUUUAUCCUUCUCCUCUAAAACUCCUCUAAAAGUUAAUAUUUUCAGAACUGUACUUAGUGGCUAACACUGGUAUUAUAGUCCCCCCCCAAAAAUAAUUUUGAAUAAUUUAAAAAUUAAGGCUGGCUUUGUAUUUCGGUAUAUUGUUUUUUAUCUAUUUUCGACUGAUUUCCUCUGAGUAAAAGCGGUCGAGCUAAAGCCGUUAAAUGUCUGCCUCACUCCUGUAGAUAUCCUGUCCAAUAUAUUGACUGCUGUCACUCUGGUCCAUUCUCUCAGUGCAGCUUAAAGUAAAUGGAAGUGUAGAAUUGGGAGGUGGGGUGAGGUGGGGGUUGAACUAAUACACUGUCUCCUUAUGAUGACCUUUGACUUAUUUAAUUCCCUGUGGGGUUUAUGGCUCUAAAGCAGUUUUUCUUCAGGAAAUCAAUAGUCUGAACCUGCUCUUACUGACCACUUUGGGCCUUUUAUAUAAUUUACUCUUCAUGUCAGUUUGACUUUUGGUCUGUUGAUCUUAAACCUUAUUUUAUUUGUCAGACAUCUUGGCCUUUAGGAUAUAAAUCUGUCAUUUUUUCUCCCUCUGCUCCAUUUUAGACACGUGGAUAAACUCAGCGAUGCCCAGUUGAUAUCUGUGUGUAAACAAAUGUAUGAAAAACAUUAAUAUCUUCCUGUCGGUUCAUUUGAUUUAAUGAUAGUGUGUGCCUUCCAGAUUUGCUCACGUUCGUGCAGCUAAGGUUGAGUCAUGAAGAGCUGGGGGCUGCCUCUUGGUGUAAACAACAAAUGCUGAGAAGGUGGAUUUUCUUCUGUUAAGGGAAAAAGAAAAUGAGGUCGGGGACCUGACACAGCCGUGGGGGUUUUUACAGUAGGUCUAGGUUUACACCCAACCCAACAACGAAUCUGGGAUCAGUUUACACUGGUGUGAAGAAUCCACAAAAGGUGAGAAAAGACCAGGACGUGAAAUAUCAAAUCAGCAGAUUAAACUGAACAUGAUUCCUUUAUCUGCCCCCAGGCUUCAUUGGAACAGUGUGAGGGGAAGCCAUAAAAUGUUAGGUAUUGAUCGCCGGUAGAAAACCUGCCGUAACAUGUGUUUCACAGCACACACAUGCACACACGCAGCAGGGUGGGAAAACUCCACCUUCAUAAAAGAGUUGUAAAACCUAAUACAAAGUUUGUGCUUGGAAUGUGUCGCUAUUUAAACCCGUGUUUCCUAUAAGGCUUGUCCACAGAUUACACACUGGUCAUAAAGGUUUACAAAAUUAUAAUAAAAACCCCUCAGUGCUGCUCGUUCCUCCUCAGCUGAUCUGUUGUUGCAUGUUGUGUGUGUUCUGAAUGGAGGCCUGUUGGGUGGGUGUUGUCAUCGCCCCACGGUUGUAUGUUUAUCAUUGUCUGGAAACUUUCUUGUUGAACCAGUUGCUUCAGCUACGUGGGCUGAAUGUCAGCCACUGAGUGUGUAGUAAACUUAUAUUUAAACACACGGCCCCCUGCCUCAGACCAGUCACUUAAACUCCAUGCUUUUCAAGGACCACAAAUAACUGCCUAACUGUUCAGGCUCCACAGAUCUCUGCAUAUUCUUGACAAAAAAUGUGUCACUAGGACUGUAUGCUGUAAUAAUCCUGUUUAUGUCUUAAUGAUGUUUAAGUUAAACAUCAUCCAUAUAUCAUUUUAUUCAGGAACCUACAAUUAAAAAAAUUCAAACUAUAACCAGAUUCUCAGAAUUAACAUUGUAUGGUUUUGUUCUCUAACAUUGACCACAGGAUCUUUAAGAAGAAGGUUUGGAGAGGUACAAGUUAGUACCUGCAUUUUAGAGGUGAAAAUAUUCCUAAUCUUGAGUGACUAUACUAAUAAUGGAACUUUACCUCGGAGUUUCCCGGUCUAUAGCCACGAGUGCUGGAGACGAUUAUUCAUUGAUUUACCAUUCCUCAGUAUCUGCAGCUAAUGUUUGUGAUGUUUCUCAGAUAAACAGGAGUGUAUGAGUGCAGUCAGUGAAACAGGAGCCUGCCUUUGUGUCAGAAAUCAAAAGCACCUGGCGGACGGGAGAUGACACUGAUAAUAAGGAAACCAAGCGGAAGGCCAAUCGGGAAAACAAGGUGUGAGGGAGGAAAAAAGAGGAGUCAGAGGGAAAGAAAGACGAGAGGUUGCCAUGUCGUCAAACACAGGGGAAAGGCAGGAACGGAGAUCAGUGAUCACAGAAAACAGAGGAGGAAGGAGGGAGGGAGGGACGAAAGCAGGCUGACUCGUAUUUCAGCACCGUGGCUACGAGUGCUGGGUGUAACCUUAAUGCUACGUUCACAACACUGUCUGUCAACUCCUGCAGUCACGCUCCUGAGGACUGAGUAAGAGCGGGAGCUCAGGGAAUCCUCACCAGCGUGGAGUUUGUUUUUGUUUCGCCGCAUGUGCCGUCAGCAGGUGUGAGCUGCUCUUUCUGGUUCCUACUUUAUUAUCUUUGCUGUUCAGGUAGUUGAUUGCAGAGGAGACGACCCACACAUGGACCUUUUCUUUCUACCAUAUCAACUUACACAGAAACAAGGCUGAGAAAAUACCCUGGAAUUCCAGGCACUCUUCGGACCUCUGAGAGGAACGCUGGCUGGACGUUGUGGUGUGAAGACCUCACAUGUGAGUUUGAUUAUGAGGGUGUGAAUCAGGACCCCGUCACACUGAGACCUUUUCACCACCGCUGCUGCUGCUGCUGCUGCUGCUGCUCUGCCGGCUGAACUGCACGUCGACUGGAGACAACAACACUCAGCUCAUGGUAAACAGGGUCCACUGACCGACUAUGAUUGAAGAGGUUCUAAUUGUAAUUUGGAAACCUCUCUCCAGCCUGUCAUGCACCACCAAGAAAUAUUACAGCCAACCGUUAGCGUGCACUUCCAAGAGUGUGUGUGAGAGUGUGUGCAGCAGUGGGAGUGGUGAUUUUCAAGAUUGCCUAAUUGCCCCUUUGGGUUUGGGAAUCACGCCCGGAGCCUUUAAGCACAAAGGAGAGGAGCAGGAGAGGAAGCAGAUGAUUUAGUCUUGUGUUUUGGUUCGUGAGAGCAAUAAAUUGGAGGAGAGAGAAAACUUGAGACUGCCUUUCUCAAAGUCACGAUGUGUGUGGAUGCACACCGGGAGAAAACAAUGGCCAGACUGCCUUUUGGAACCAAUUUAAAGUAGAAAAGCCUUUUUGCAUGCAUGCAGACCUGAAUGAUGUUUGGAAUCUCCUAGUUUGGAUUUUUACCAUUCCAACCAGGACCUGUAUCUGAGGAUUAUCUUGAAGUUAAGACUUUGAUCCUCACACCUUGGACCUGCUCCUGCCUGUGUGAAGAUGAGAGGAGACCGUAGGUCUGCGUCCUUUCGAAGGGACAAACCGGCUGGACUGUCCCGUGCUCUCAGCUGGCUCAGCGUGUCCACCCUGUCCCGCCAGAGCAGGCGCAUUUUCCACAGUCAGAGUGAACUCCACGCUGUUCACAACGGCCACACGUACUCACACUCGCACACCCAGCUCCAUGCUGCAGGGGGGGCUGACGACGAUGACGACUGGGUGUACCACCCUCAGCAUAAAAUAGGUGAGAGUGAAGGGGAGAUCAGUCAAGGCUGUUCUGUCUUUUGAAAUGAAACAAGUCAAUACAAACACAAAAUUCAAACCCAGUACCCUCAGCCUGCUGAUACUGGGUCUCAUCAGUGUAAAGGAAAUACCUGUAUCCCCACAGAGUACUUGGAACUUACUGGUUAAACGACUCCCGGUUGUUCUCACCUUGACCUCACCCUUAUUUAAAUAUUGUCCCAGGACAAAAUAAAAAGUUUUACUUUUGUAUCUCGCUAUCUGGGUGAAACUUUUAAUUGGGCUUUUUGUUCAGUUUAAAUGUAUUUUCAUGCUUACACUUGAGUAGAUUUCUGGUCAACUCUCUCCUGGAAACCCACUGACUGACUUUUUCCCAACACACUGGCAAAGACAAGUGUGUGCCGCUGGUAUUUCUUUUUCUUUUAUGACCUGUUGUUCUCCAUAUCUGUUCCUGGUUGCUGUAGGAAGUGAGUGGGAGGUGUUUACCCCGUCUGUUGAUUUUCUUUUUUAAAGGGUCAAGGGGCACUGUGUGUACAAUAGAAACACAAUGAUGCAUCGGGCCUGGAGUUGUUGAUGUCAUGGGUACAGUGAUGUCACCGGCUGGUGGCGAUGUGAGCGUGAGGUGGGUGGAAGAGAGAGGCCGCAUUUGUGUUUGUGAAGACUUGUCAUUGUCACCGAGUCACAGCUCAACAUUUAACAUUUCUGUGGAUUUCUUCAGUGACAUUUUGGCUUUUUUUUUUUACCAGCCCGUGAUCCUUCUUAGCACUCGGUAAGAACAAGACUGAAUCCCUCUCUUCUGGCUGGUGUAAUGUUUCCAGGCUUGACUCAUUAGAUAUUAAUCAGUUAAUUAGUGGUAUGUGUGUGUGUGUUCAUAGGAGUGUGUGUGUUCUGUCAGCAGUGUCAAUGAGGACGAUGACAGUGGUUGUAACUGUAGCCUCGAGUUUUUUCUAAGAAUGGAAAAAGGCAGACACAGAUACCUCGAAUAAUACUGCAGUAGUACUAUGUAUCACCUGAGCUCAGCUGCAUCAGGAGGGUAGAAACCUUUUCCUCAUCCUUGUCUUAAAUCCAACUAGUUUUACUCAGUGCCAUUUUCAACUCACACUAAUCGUCACCAAUCGUGGUUUCUGUCGUAACAACUUUUUAUUCCAAACACGUGUGAGCUGCCAUCUUGUAACGUGGAGCUCGUCGCUGAGACGGUGGUCGUUCCAGGCACGUCUCAAUCCUCGCGGGCCACACCGUCACCUCUGAGGCGACCUCUUCCUAAAACAGCUCAGGGCUGCACAUGGCUCGAAUGGUUGGAGGCCUUGACAUUUUUUUCAUAGUCAGAGCAGAGAAGCUCUGUCCAGUCUUUAUACAGUACAAACUCACCAGAUUACACAGGUGACAGAGAGUGUGUCUGUGUGUGUUCAUGCCAGCAACGCUUUAUUUCAAAGGACUAUCUUUAACCUGCAAUUAAAAUCCAAUCAAGUACUCCUUUUAUACUGAGGAUGUGGUAUUUGUUGUGUUUUGUUCACAUGUUAAAGGUUGAAUUUAGCAACAUCUUGUGAUGAUGACGUGAUUAUAUGCCUUGCCUCGCUGACGUCUUGUUCUACUUUAGUCUUUACUGAUUAUUUAAUAAUUCAAAUAGUGUGUGCUCUUUUGUUGUCCUAGUGGAAUCUGGAGGUGUUUAUUAGUCUUUUCUGUGUAAAAUCACAAAUCAAUCUUGCCUGAAUUAUGUGGUAUUGAUCCGGUGGUUUUUGCUAUUGGGAAAAUGCUUAGAUUCUGUGGAGAAAUCACAUUAGCUGAUGGGGAAAUUGAUUUAAACGUGUGUCCAUGGUUGGUUUUAUUUUGGAGUAGUCCUCUCUCUCUGUGUGUGUGUGCCUUUCACUGUCUUUUUCUCUUUCAGUCAUAAGCCAAGACUGAUUCUAUUUAUAGCUAAUUCUAGACCAUAGACAGUGUCACAGACAGGUCAGUAUAAAACAGGGUAGUUUUUCUGUAAUGCAGUGUGAGGCUGAAUAGCAUAUUGUCAAUAAUCAUUUGGUUUCAGUUUUGACAUAAAUAAUUUCAAGAAUUGACCUCUCUCUCUUUUUUCCCCCUAAACGUAUCUGAAGUACUGUUCUGUCCAGAGAAAACCCAGAGGUAACUUUUAAUAACAAUCCCAUCUCCAGAUGAAGCUGACAGUUUAUAACAGCUGGAUCAGUCUUCCGUGCUCCUGCCAGGGCCCAUUAAGAGAUCCAUGGGCAGCCGUGCACCAUGUCUGUGUGCAAAUAUAGCCCUAAAAUGACUGCCUGCGGCUCCACAACCUGCAAUUUUCACGCAGACUCCAGCUUGACUGGCUGGAUGUUUGCCCUGGUUACCAAGGUAACCUGUGUGCAAGGGACUGUACUUCCUGGUGUGAUGCGGUUUGACCUCACCAGUGGCACAGUUGUGAUCCAGUCAUGUUCAAGAGAGAACUUCAGUAGUCAUGUGGUACACAGAGUACUCUCUACUGAUGAACUUAGAUACUUUAGUAAACAACAACAGAAGUAAACAGUAUAAUCAUACAAAAUUUAAAACACCUUGCUGUGGCAAAACACGAUCUAAGGAUUACUGAGGUGUACAGCCCCACCGACCAGCAGGUGUUCAGCACUGCAGUGAACGACUUGGUGUUUCGUGCGUUGUCUAUUUCUUUUGUUGUAGACAUCCUUUUAUGUCACAAACCAGAGUGUUACCACAGCACUGUAGAGCAACAUGUUUUAUGUUUUUAAACGCUCCAAAAAAGGACCCAAAAAAUCCUUCAACAAUUUUACUGAGAACUAUAAUUAAUGGUGUCUUAAAGGCCACCAUCAUUCCUUCAGUAUAUAUUGAUUUCUUGAGGGAAGUUGCCACGUAAAAAAUAAUAUUUUGUCUGACUAGUCCUGUUCAAAACUUAAAGUAAUGUCAGUAUUUAGCUACAGAAACAUGAUGGCGAGUUAUUUUUAGAUGUAAUUUUCUUUUUAAUUCAUUCACUGUCAAAAGAGUUUGUCAACAUACUUGGUUACUCUUCCCACACAUCUAAAGAGGUUCUUGCGUGGUUUGAAAUCAUCUAUUCAUACAAACCGGAACUGGUGCUGCACCAGAAAGACGGCUCAUAAAGAGAGCAAUAACGUGUUCUCAGUGUUUUCUCUGUUGCUUCAAAAGAUCUUUUCAGACCUGGAUCUCCUCCAUUCAGAGGCUCUGUUUACUUUUGUUGCAGCUGUGUGGAGCUGAUUCAUUUCCUUAAGGGUUCAGACAAUAGUGUGCCACAAACGGAACACAGGUUUAAAAAAUGCCAGUGUAAUCUUGCCAGAGAAGCAGCAGUUGUUGCUGGACUUGUCUCACCUGCGUCAGAUUUCUGUGGGCUGUGAAUAGAGUUUUGUCAAACUAACAGUCAACAUGUUUAGUUCCAAUAACAUUUAUGCAGCUGGUUUUAAACAUGUUAGUAGUUACUCAAUAAGAUUUAUUAUAAACAGUAAAAUACGUAGAAAUGCACUUCAAACAAACUGCAGAAUAACACAGCAGUAAUCAUUGAGUUUUUAUACGCAGUGAAACUGCAGAUUAGCGUCAGUAUAUCAGGCGUAAUCCUUAAUAACACAUAAUAAUGUGAACCUAAUUUGAGAUUAUAAAAGAGCACGACACUUACAGAAUCUUUGAUGACAUCAUAUGGACAGAAAUGGUCUCGUCUGUCCUUUUACAUCAUGUCUUUUCAAUACAGUUUGUAUCAUUGCUGUGAUAACAAGGCCACAGAGGGAUUAUUGCCAUCACAGUUUGCUCAUCCCUGAACAUCCUGCCACAACAGGCCUGGUUCCUAUCUGUGUUUGUGAUUCAGUUUUUAUCUUUCACUGACGCAGAGCUCUGAUCAGACAGUAACAAUGUGCCCUGUGUUUCCACACUGCAUGUGAUUAAAGGUGUACGGGACGCCACUUUACUGAGUCACAGUUAAGACGUUGUCUUUGUGUCUCCUGGGUUUCUCGUAUGAUUUAGCCCUUAUUGUAGUGUUAUUUCUGUAGAUAAAGACAGUAUUUCUUGGAGAAUGACAACAGCGAUUGACAGCGUCGACGCCAGGGACCGCCGGUUAGGUCAAACAAUGCUGACAAUACACAGACAAUAGUUACAAUAAAAAACAACUGGGCGUGUUGAAUAAUAGGUCUGUAAUGCCAUAAUUAACUGGUUCAUUAUGCUAAUUAAUUUUAAUAAUUGUAUUUAUCAUCAAAUUCUAAUUUUUAACACAUUUUUGGCCUGAAACAGUUCCCUGUUAUUGCUUUUCUGCUGCUUUUCUUGAAUAAUCACAAUUAAUCAUAAUUGUGAUAAAUUAAAAUUUUGAUCAUUCGAUGCUCCUAGUAAUUAACCGAGAGAGAAUAUUUGUAGCCCCUCCCUGGCCACAAAUCACAUUUCAAACCCCUCUGCUGCGUGGUUUCUUCAACCGCCGUAGAAACCCUGACCUCUAGUUCAGGAAACAGUGAAUUUACAGUCCUUCACAUUUUGAAAAUGUUUCAAAUCCCACAUAUUGACUUGUGAAAAUUAAUCUUUUAAAAACAGAGAGCCCAGAGUUUUUCUCAUACGGUAAUUAUGUUACAUUAAACCCUCGCUUUGUUUUACCAUCUCAGCCUCAGCUCUGAGAGCCGUAAUUAGACAAACCCCAAGUAUUAUUAACUCAGAGCCAAGGAUUUUUACGAUGUAGGUGAGAGUAAGAGCCGUUUUGGGGCCAAACAACGCCCAAUUAAGGUGAAGACUCAGUGAAGUUGGUUUUAUUGUCUCGGUUAAAUAAGUAUACUUUGGGAUUUUUGGUGUGUUUUAAACACAGUUUAAUCUGCAGGGUUGUGUGUUUGUGGUAGUCCUCAUUUCAUCCACCCUCAUUUCCAGCGGGGGCGUCACGUCACUCACACCAUCCCACAAACACACACCGAUCAGCUCAUAAUUGGUGACAUAUGGUGGAGGCAGACAUGUGGUAGCCUGCAGGGCUGUAGUGGAGCAGAUUAACAUGUCCACACAGACACGUACUGUACUGUAUACACACACACACGCGCGCGCUUGAUUCAGUCGGUCUGCAGAAGCUGUUCUGCCCAGGAAUAACACAAACCGUGAGGCGACUUUGACAUGUGUACAUUUGAAUGGUACUUUUUUAACUCGUCACAGCUGAUUUAUUAAUUAUCAUUAUUUUCUUUCUUUUGUAAUUAUAUUAUUAACAUAUUCUACACUACAUGUUUUUUGUUUCUACUUCCUGUUUUGAACUUUAAGGUUUUUAACCUGACAGGAACUGUAUGAUCUAUGGAAGCUGGUUAGACACUUUCCUUUCAUGUUUUGUUCAACUUUACCAUCUAAAAUACACAGACAACAACAUCCUCCUGCACCCUCUGAAAUCAUGUGACUUCAUACUUUCAGGAAUUCUUCAGUUUGUGCAUAUUUUUUCUGAAAUUAUUUAGUUUUUUAUAGACAUAAAGAAAACCAGUUCAGUUCAGUUUCUGUCUCCUUCUGCUAACACUGAUGAGGUGUAAAGAUGAGUGUGGGGGGGUUAACUUGGUGGAGAGUCAUUGGGAUGCAGAGAGAGAGAGAGAGGGGAAGCAGAUUGUAUGGGUUGGGGGAGUCGGUGGAGCAGUUUCCUGCGGUGUAGGAGUGGGCUUUCAGCCACUCGCAGCCUGUGCACGGGAGUGUGGAUCUGUGCGCCGAGGGAGACAGUGUGAGGCAGUGAGAGGGCGAGUGAGGCAACCGGAGAGAGGGGAGUCUGUGUCGGGAUGUGUGCGUCCAUGUGUGAAGGCUUUGACUGAACAGCCUCGGAGCAGAGAGGAAGUAAGGAGCAACAAAGAGUUUGGAACAAAGUACCUGAGCUUGAUUCUCCUGGAUCAAAUGGGAGAAUUAGGGGAGAGGAAUGUCCUGCCUGAACGCUGUGUCCAACCUUGAUGAGGAGAGCAAGUGGACGGUUCAUUACACCGCCCCAUGGCACCAGCAGGAAAAUGUCUUCCUACCAGGCAGCAGACCGCCCUGUGUAGAAGACCUCCACCGCCAGGCCAAAGUUAACCUCAAGACCACUCUGCGAGAAUGUGACAAGUUGAGAAAGGAUGGUUUCCGCAGCUCUCAGUACUACUCCCAGGGUCCCACCUUCUCCGACCCACUUCAGUCCACCAGCAGCCUGCAGGACGAAGAGGACGAUGAACAUGACAAAAAGUCCACUGCAUCAUCCGGAGAGGAUGACAAAUCCCAGCUCUCCAUGAGGCCUCAGACCCCACAGGGAGAAGUAAGGGAGGGGUCUGAGCUUGACGGACAGGUCACAUGGAGGAAGGCCACACCCCUCCCCACGCCGGAGGAGAAGAUGAGACAGGCAGCUAAGGCCGUUCCGACAGACAUAGUUGCCAUCAAUGUCACAGGGGCAGUGUUUGACCGACAGGCCAGCAUCCGGCGCUCCCUCAUUAACACUGACACCGUGUCCCGUCGGCCCAAGAAGGUCAAACGCAGAAAGACUAUAUCAGGGCUGCCUGACAACUUCAACCUGGAGCUAGCCAAGGGACGUGCCGGGGAGCUCCGGCCACAUUCCAUGUACAUCCCAGGACAGUACUCCACCCUGGGCCGAGUGGGGAGCAUUCACUCGAUGCAUCGACGGUCAGAAACCAGAGAGUCUGGUUGCCAGACAGAAGAAGUGAAGAUUGUCCCGCCAUCUAUGAGGAGGAUUCGUGCGCAGAGAGGCCAAGGAAUCGCUGCUCAGAUGGCUGGCCUUACAACUUCCUGCUCGACAGGAAGUAUAUCCAUCUGCAGCAAUGACAGAUCUGGGAUCCUAAUGCUGCCGCAACAGUUCAAUGGAGACCCUUCACGGUUCCACAGUCUGCCUCGACAGGGCGCCAGGGUGUCACUCAGUUGCGAUCCCAUCUACAGCAGCACUCCUAUCAAAGCAGAGGAGCAGACGACCCCCCAGAGGCAGAUUGGAAAACUUCAGGUCGAUGAUACAGCUGUGCAUAUGAGAAGCACCCCGAAGCUGGCCACUCUGACUCGACCUAAGUCUCAGGAACUUAAAGCCACUCAGUCCAGUGAGUGGGGUGGGGGUCCGGCGUGUGUUGUUUCACCACAUGCAACCUACUCCACCUCACUCAUCCCUAAUGCCACCUUGUCCAGCUCCACUGAGGUCAUGACCCUCAACACCCACAGUCAGCCUUCAAACUCCCCAGCCUCCAACUACCCCACACUUCGUCCUCCAGGCCUGGCAGCAAAUACCAAUGGCUCUCUGACCUCCAGUCCAGCUGCCUUCUCCCACAGCUCAUCCUGUCUCGCCUUGGCAACAUCUACUCCCACUCAAGCGCCACACGUGGGCGGUCAAGUUAACGGAGCACCUUCAAGUGAGUCUGGUCAGUCAGACAGCACCCUGGCCCCAACGCCUCCAUCCUGUCUGCCGGAGGAGCAGUGGAUCUACGACACACCAGAGAAUGUGGUGGUCCCUCAACGGGCUCUCACCUCCAGCUGCUCCACUCCCAUCAACCACUUGUACAGCAGUCUGGACCUAUCCUCUAGGACCGGGACUGAUUCCAGUUCUCUGUAUUCCCAGGACAACGAUGGAUACUUCACCUCCAUGCACCUGGAUUCUGGUCUUCGUUCCUGCGGCCAUGCAAGUGGACACAGCGCAGCAGCCGGACGGGCUUCGAGACACAGCAUGUACGAGUGCCGUGAGAUGGCCAAUCAGGAUGACAACGCAAGCUUGUACAGUGAGCGCUCUUUGUCCCACAGCAUCUCCCUACGCAAAUCCAAAAAGCCCCCACUGCCGCCCGCCCGCACAGACUCUCUGAGACGAAGACCAGCUGGGAAAAAGCCACUUGGGGGAGUGAGUGCCAUCACUGGGGCUGAGGAGCAAAAUAGCCCCAUGCUGAAUGAGUCUUUGAUUGCGAGCUUACAGCAGAGUCUGCAGAUUGGACUGAGGAGCGGUAAAGGUAAAGGGGCGUCACCGUCGUCUCCCUCCCACAGCCCCAGCAGUGACUAUGACGAUCCCUGGGUUCUGAGGCCACGCAGUCACAGUAGCGUGAGCGCAGGGAGCUCUGCAGCAUCACUCAUAGCUAAUGCUAACUGUGGGGGGGUCUCUAAUGUUUAUUCGAUUUGCCACGUGACACCCUCUCAAAGUGACACCAGCAGCUUGCGUUCAGACUAUGCCGACUCCUGGGGUUAUUACAUGGAUGACCCUCGUAACAACGGGGACCAGAGGGCACAAACCCCUCCUCCCGCCCCAGAUAAAAUGACACCCAAGGCUCAGACAGGAGAAUUACAGAACCAAGGUGAAAUCCAUAACAACAUCCCAGAGUCUGGGUCUCAAAAGAGGGAGGCAGAUGUAGCUGUUAAGCCCAAAGCAUCCACCUCCUCUCCUGACAGGGUGCACAGAUUGACCUCCCCGUCCAGUGGCUACUCCAGUCAGUCCAACACCCCGACAGCUGGCACUCCAGUGCCCUCAUUUGUCAGGUCCAUGUCACCCUCCAAUCGACCCAAGCCCAAAGUGCCUGAGAGGAAGUCAUCUCUCCUUUCCUCUGUGUCCAUUUCCUCCUCCUCCACUUCCCUCUCCUCCAACACUUCAGACUCUCUCAAAAGCUGUGGUCCUCCUCCACCCCUACCUCCUCCUCUACUGCUCUCCUCCUCAGCUCCCACCACCCCUCUGAGCCCACCACCUCCUUUCCCAGCCCCUCUCCCACCGAAUGUGAGUCCUCCUCCACCUCCUCCGUUACCAAAAACACCACCAACAACGUCUCAUCCAAACCCUUCUUCCCCCACCUCUCCUGAGUUCCCCCCUCCUCCAACCCCAGAAAUGCUAAUCCCCCCAUGUUCAACCUUGAACAGGAGUUCCAGUCCACCCUCACCACCUCCACUCCCACCUCCCUUUUUCACCCCAUGUAGUCCUCCUCCACCUCCUCCUCUGCCACCUUUGGUUCCACCAUCCUCCUACACUCCUUCUGCCUCUGUGAAACAUGUGAAGGUCACUAAACCAGCAGCUUCAACCAGCCCCACAAACUUACCCAAACCUCUCAUCACGCCAUUUGCACUUCAGAGUGUCCAGCUGCGCUCAAUCAGACGACCAGAGCAGGAGUUCAACGGUCACUCAGACCACACCGCAGCUCUGGAUAAUGGAGUGGAUCUCCCUCAGUCCCAGGAUCUGGAGAAGUCUCUCUCCCUGGAGAAACUGAACGGCAGUCCUAUGUCAAACCGCUCCGCAGAAAAGGAAUCACAGAAUCUCUCAGCGUCGCCUGUGUCACAGCUUUUAGAAGAGCUGUCACUGGAGUGCGUCGUCAGUAAUAGAAAUAAUGAAGAGCAGAGUUACAGAGGAGAAUCAGAUGAAAGGCAGGAAUCACUGUCACGUUCAUCCCAGAACUCCAAGAGUCCUCCUGUCAAACAGAAGCCUCCCCCCGUGGUGUCGAAGAAACCCAAACUUGCUUUCCUGCCACCUCUCUACUCACAGCUAAUCGAUGAACAGCUUCUGGUUCAUCAGGAGGAUGGAGACCGUGUCGAUGCUCCGCAGCCACGGAAAGACUAUCAGGGACAGAAGCAGGUUUCACAGAGUUCAAAGACCUUUGAAGAAAGUCGUCAGCCAUUCACAGAAAUCCAAGAGAAGUCGCCUGAGCAGAGGCCGAGUCCUGACAACGGACUGUGUGUGAAUGGACGGACAGAGAAAGAGGAGGAGGAGGAGGAGGAAGAGGAAGAGGAGGGAGAUGGGACGAGCAGCCUAACAAGAUCUGUCAGUUCAAAGGAGGACGAUGCAGGUGAGGUGUUUGAGUCCAGCACGGCAGAAUCGUCUCCGGCCCCGUCCACCAACGGGGCUCCUGAGAAGAAGAUGGUGACCCCGACUCCCACGCGACCCCGUACCCAUGAGGACCUCUUUGCUGCCAUCCACAGGUCAAAGCGAAAGGUCCUGGGUCGCAGAGAGUCAGAGGAGGACAAGUCUCGGUCUGGGGUUCAACCACAGUCUCCCCCCUCAACUCCCACAACUCCCUCAACUCCCUCAACACCCGCAACUCCCUCAACUCCCUCAACUCCCACAAUAUAUACAACUCCCAUGACCCCGUCUCCAGGCCUGGCGUCCUCUUUGUCCAGACAGACAGGCUCCAUCCAACGCAACAUGCGAAAGUCGUCCACCAGCAGCGACACCUUCAAGGCCCUUCUCCUGAAGAAAGGAAGUCGCUCCGAGACAAGCUUCAGGAUGUCUGCUGCCGAGAUGCUUCGUUCCACAGCCCCUCGCUUCCAGAGAACAAAGUCAGAGUCAGCGUUAGAACCCACAGCUUCUCCCUCCUCCCCCAAAGCCCCCCACAGCCCCUGCGCCUCCCCCGGACGUAGCAAACGCGCCACAGACGAGUGGAGCCUGUCCUCGCCCACUUCACCCAUGUAUUCAAUGAGUGGCUUCAGGUACGGACGCUCUCGGACGCCGCCCUCUGCAGCCAGCAGCAAGUACAACAUGCGCAACCGUAUCCUCAGCAGCCCGAUGACUGUUAUCUGUGAGCGCGAGGGGGAGCUGGCUGAGAGCGAGUACGGAGACACAACAGAGACUCUCUCUGGGACCACAGUCCAGACUGUCCCUGUGGUUCAAGGGUCCAACGGCACUUUAUCUGAAGAGAGCAGAAGCUAAAAAGCAAGUCCCGUGAAUUCAGGAAGAAAUUUUUUUUUUUUAUAUAAUCAGGAGCUGAGAAAGGUUCCUGCAGUCAUGCUUUUGAGCCUCUGUGCUGCCACUGAUGGACCGGACCUGUCAGGUCCUGGUGUGAGGACGUCGUCAAUCCGUUCAUGUUCUGAGGUUGAGAACUGGUUUAGUCGUUCCGCAGCUCUCACCAUCCUCCCAUGGUUAUCCCUUGCGUUACUAGGGAAACUGUUAUUGUUUUCCACUUCUUUACCUGUUGUUGGGUUUUUUUUUUAUCCUGUCUGUAACGUAUGGAAGGCAGAACGUUUCUUUAAAAGGACAAGUUGGAAAACUUAGGUGAAUUGAAGGAACUGAAAAGUUGCUACUGUGGUGCUAAAGUGGAACGCUAAGGUGAGCAGGUCAAAUGUCUGUUGCCUCGUAUUUUCCUCCUGUUGGUUAUGGAGCUGGAGAACGCGGCACAGCAUGCAUGUCCUCGGUACACGGUCACCAGUCGCUCAGUUUCUGUUUCAUGCUUUUACAUUUCAGUGGUUCUCAUUUGGGCUUCGUUUAACGGUCUACAGAAGGUGUGAAAGGCAACGGUGCUGCCACCUUGUGUUUUUUUUUUGGGGGGGGGGGACUCAACCAAAACAGCAGAUUUAUUUUAUAUGAAUAAAAAAGGACUUGUGAAACCUCUAUUGAUUGACUUUUAGUCUGUAGAUUUUUGCACUGUGC